AUGGUUGAGGGUUUUUUGAAGGAAUAUUUGAGUGUCGGUGAUGUUACAGGGACUGAGUUGCAUGCUAUUGGUGGCUACUUCACUGGUUGUCUUACUUCUUCUGGCUUGGUUGUGAAGAAUAAAGCUCUUAAAGAAUACUUUGGUGAUCGAAAACCCGAUAUUGGAAUCGGAACCUCCAGUUUGAAUCAUCAUCUUUUCUUUUCAUCUUGCAAGCAUGGGACUAGGCUUAAAGGCUUAAAGGGUGAAAUGGGUUCUUAUGGGGUAAUUGUGAACUCUUUUGAAGAGUUAGAGUCAGCAUUUGUAAAGGAUUAUAAAAAGGUAAAAAAUGAUAAAGUUUGGUGUAUUGGUCCUGUAUCACUUAGUAACACUGAUAGUCUUGAUAAGGUUCAAAGAGGUCAUAAUAAUAUGAACGUUUCAGUUGAUGAAUGGAUUCAUCUCAAGUGGCUUGAUUCUCAGAAGCAAGAGAGUGUUGUUUUUGCAUCUCUUGGAAGUUUAUGCAAUAUAACACUACCACAGUUGAUAGAGCUUGGUUUAGCAUUAGAAGCAACAAAAAGACCUUUUAUUUGGGUUAUAAGAAAAGGAAAUCAUUUAGAAGCAUUGGAAAAAUGGAUUGAGGAAAGUGGAUUUGAUGGUAGAAAUGAUGGUAGAGGCCUAGUAAUAAAGGGUUGGGCUCCUCAAUUGUUGAUAUUGUCACAUCCUUCAACUGGAGGAUUCCUGACGCAUUGUGGUUGGAAUUCUACUAUAGAAGCAAUAUGUGCUGGUGUGCCAAUGGUUACAUGGCCACUUUUUGCCGAUCAAUUUUUGAAUGAAAUUUUAGUUGUGCAAGUAUUAGAAGUUGGUGUGAAAAUUGGAGUGAAGAGUCCAAUGAGAUGGGGUGAAGAAGAGGAAACAAGUGUGUUGGUGAACAAGGAAGAUAUUGAAAGAGGCAUAGAAAGGUUAAUGAAUGAGAAAAAUGAAAGUGAAGAAAGAAGAAAGAGGAUAAGAGAGUUUGCUGAUAUGGCUAAAAAGGCUGUAGAAAACGGAGGAUCUUCUCACACAAAUGUUACCAUGUUCAUCCAAGAUAUCAUGAAAAAAUGUAGGCAUAUGGUGUCAUUAUUUGCCAAAGGAAUUAGUUCAUAA